CAGCCACGAUGUCGUGUACCCUGAUGCGAGAAAUAACAGUGCUCAAGUAAUGAAAAAAUAAUCACUGGCCGAAUAGACACUGGUGGAUGAUGUUUACGAAACAAACAUGGAUGACGCAGUGCAACAGCCAGAGAAGAAGAACUGCACUUUUUUAUUUAAAAGACGCAAAAUCAGAAGCAACGCUACGAGAAAACGGAAAGGAGCGGACGGCAACGACGAUAGCAGCGAGGAUGAGACUACAGUGAUUAAGAAAGAAAAGAAGCAAGAUGAUAACAACCCUAUGAUACAAAGUACAAAUGUGAAGAAACAUCAAGAGAAAACCAGUUAUGAUAAUGAUAGCGAAGAUGACAGUGUAACUGUCUCUUAUAAAAGCAACAGAACUGCUUUGCCAGCUGGUCCAAGUGACCAAGGAGCAACAGCUAUUCUGGAAACAGAAACAGAGAAAGAUAGAGAUGCGCAAGCAUUAUUCGAAAAAGCUCAAAAGAUAAAUGAGGAACUAGAAGGAAAGGAGGAUGACAAGGUUUACAGGGGCUUGAAUAAUUAUGUACAAUAUUAUAAAAAGAAAGAUACAGCAGCAGGAAAUGCAUCUAGCGGGAUGGUACGUAAAGGACCAAUUAGAGCACCGUCUAAUCUCAGGGCAACAGUAAGAUGGGACUAUCAGCCUGACAUAUGCAAAGAUUACAAAGAAACUGGUUUUUGUGGUUUUGGAGACAGCUGUAAGUUUCUUCAUGAUCGUUCGGAUUACAAAUUAGGAUGGCAGUUAGAAAGAGAAGCUGCCAGCGGAGAGUACAACAGUGGAGAUGAGGACGAUAAAAAAUACGAAAUUGAUAGUGAUGAAGAUAAUUUGCCGUUCAAAUGUUUCAUUUGUCGAAAUAGUUUUACAGAUCCUGUUGUAACAAAAUGCAAGCAUUACUUUUGCGAAAAAUGUGCUUUGGAGCAAUACAAAAAAAGCACACGAUGUUACAUAUGUAACGCUCAGACUAACGGCACUUUUAAUCCAGCGAAAGAACUUAUUGCACGAGCCAAAUUGGAGGAUAAGGAAAAAACGGCCGCAACAAGCGAGGACUCCGAUGAUGAUUGAUAAAAUUAAUACAAUUCCAGUCUUCAUACAUAGAUACAGCGAUCCUGCCUGCAUACGUGUAAUUUAACACACAAAUAAUAUUGUAAAUCGUAAUGAUUUUAAGGUACUGCGAAUAUCUAUAUAUAGGUUGCCUCAAGAACAGGUUAUCAACAGUAUUCGUAUAAAACGGUUAUCGGUGAGUGAAUUUUCAACUAUAUACUUUUGCGUUUUUCGU